AUGGAAGAUCUACCUCGCAUGGGUUCUGAAAAAGAGGUAUAUGACCUCUUCGUCCUCCGUCACGAUGGCUUCGGUCGAAGACAUUCGUCCCAAAGCAUUCAUCGAGGUCCCGUCUUUGUCAUCAUGAUCCUGGUACCGUUGGCGACUCUCCUUGUAUUCUUAGGCUGGAGCGGGGUCCAGGUAGGAAGCUCGACGCCUCCAGUAUCAGAUUCGUGCGACACCGUAGCGGCAGGUUUCCAAUGUCAACCCGCGAUCUCUCACUACUGGGGCCAGUACUCGCCCUACUUCACUGUGCCCUCCGAUAUCUCGGCAGAGAUUCCUGAUGGCUGCGAAGUUACGUUCGUUCAGAUCUUGUCCCGCCAUGGGGCCCGAGACCCGACCGCAUCCAAGACCAAGCAAUACAACGACACCGUCAAACAGGUCCAGGCCAAUGUGAAGAGCUUCACGGGACCCUAUGCCUUUAUCGCCAAUUAUUCGUAUACCCUCGGCGCGGACCAAUUGACGACUUUCGGCCAGGACCAGAUGGUCCAUUCGGGCACCAAAUUCUACAGUCGGUAUCGCUCUCUCGCAAAAUCCCUCGAUCCCUUCGUCCGUUCCUCGAGCGAGAACCGAGUUGUAGAGUCGGCCCUCAAUUGGACACAGGGCUUUCAUGCGUCGAGGCUGGCCGACAAGUCUGCGGAUGUCGACUUAGGCUAUCCGUAUCCGGUUAUUCUGCAGUAUGAAGGUGAUGGUUUCAACAACACGUUGAACCAUGCUCUCUGCACCGAAUUCGAGAACGGCACAGAUAGCGAGAUUGCUGAUGACGCCCAAGAUGCCUGGGCGAAGAUCUUCAUCCCUCCGAUCCAAGCCCGUCUCAACAGUGGUCUGCCUGGUGCCAAUCUCAGCAUUGGCCAGACAGUGGACAUUAUGGACCUUUGCCCUUUCAACACCGUUGCCAAUGAUGACGGCACCAUUUCUCCAUUCUGUGCCCUCUUCACCGAAUCCGAAUGGCACAGUUACGGCUACUAUCAGACACUGGGCAAGUACUACGGUUAUUCUUACGGCAACCCUCUGGGCCCGACACAGGGUGUGGGAUUCGUCAACGAGCUUAUUGCGCGGCUGACCAACACCUCUGUCCAAGACUACACGUCUACAAACCAUACUCUGGACGACAAUCCAGCCACAUUCCCCUUGGGCCGGAAACUGUACGCGGAUUUCAGCCACGAUAAUGAUAUGACGGCCAUCUUUUCCGCACUAGGCCUUUACAAUGACACGCUACCAUUGCCCAACACGACGAUCGUGGAGGCCAGUGCAGCUGGCGGGUACAGUGCUGCAUGGACCGUUCCGUUUGCUGCUAGAGCGUAUAUUGAAAAACUGCAGUGCCACGGGAAGUCGGAGGAGCUGGUUCGCGUGAUUGUGAACGAUCGUGUCCAGCCGCUAUCCUCUUGCCAGGGUGAUGGCCUCGGUCGUUGCACACUGGCUGAGUUUGUGGAUAGUCUGGGCUUUGCAAAGAUGGGUGGAUACUGGGGGCAAUGCUUCGUCUGA